AUGGAUGCAAAAGAAGAAGCGGAACCUAAUGAGGAUAGACCCACAUCUCCAAUGUGGGUUCUACAACAGAUAUCUGAAGGAGCCUUUAGAGUUGCUGGGGAAGCAUUGCAAAAUAUGUACUCUGGUGGUGGGUCAAACGUGCCACAAGUAGGGCCUAGUGUUGCACAUAGGCGAAGUCAGAGUGAACUUGUGACUAAAGGUUUUCAACGUAGUAAUAGUUUUCAGAAGUUAAAAGCUCAUGUGCAUAAGGCAUGGUGGGGUGGAAAACCAAGGGAAGAAGGUUUACCCGAGAGUUUCAAUCCCGAGGUCAUGGCGAACCAGAAACGUCAGUGGUAUCAGCUUCAUCCCAAAUCUAUGGAUUGUAUAAAUUAUAAGGAGCCAACCUCGUUCUUUGAACAUUUUGUGGUUGUGGGGCUGCAUCCAGAUGCUAAUUUGGAAGUCGUGGAACAAGCAUUUGCAAGAAGGAAGAAAUGGGAAAGAGAGACGAAAAACGAUGAAUAUCUAGACUACAGAUUGCCGCAGCAACAAAGGCCGCCAGAACCAACUUUGGAACCUCAGAUACUGUUCAUAUAUCCUUCUGCAAAGAGGUUGACAGUGCGUUUGAAAGAGUUAGCCUCCUUUUGCUUCCCUGGAGGUGUUAAGGCAGGGUUGUUGGAGAGGACUCCAUCUCUAAGUGAACUAAACGAGCUAGUCUAUGGACAGGAGCAUUUGGGAAGAGAUGAUUUAUCGUUUGUCUUUACACUCAAGGCAGCAGACAGUACAACACUUUAUGGUGUUUGCUUACAUGUGCCUGAAAUUGUUCAGAGGCCCCCUGGUAUUUUAGGCACAUCAUCUCCUCUUUCUUUUCCAUCUGGGUUAAACAGCCGUUUUUUGGUUUCCGCGCCUCGCUGUUACUGUCUUCUGACUAAAGUUCCUUUCUUUGAGUUACACUUUGAGAUGUUAAACAGUCUUAUUGCACAGGAGCGUCUGAACCGGAUUACUCAGUUUGUAAAUGAGAUUACUCUCUCUUGUAGCAUUCCAUCAACGCCCAAACUAGAUGACCAAUUGAGUUCAUGUACUCACUCCCCAGAGAGGGAGUCAUCUAGUGACUGGAUGGCUUGUGCAAUACCUCUUGAUGGUGCAGCAGUCAUUACCGCUGCUGCUGCUGGACUUAUAUCUGAUGAUGAAAUCCCACAGUUAUCACCCAAAAUAUGGGAUUCUCGCUGUCAAUCCCCCGUUAGUGCGACUGCCAGUGAUGCCUCGGAUUGUUGUCAGUAUAGGGAUAUAGAUAAGGAUGGCAAGAAGAAUUUUCAAGAUCACGAUACAAGUGCUUUCGAAGGACCAGAAACUCACGAUUCUGGGGAAAGAAUGCAUGGAAAUUGUGAAGGUGGCCAAGUUUCUCCCAGUGUUGGAACACCUGUAUCUGCUCAGGGCCGCACCUUGGAACGUCUUGGAAGUUCUGAGUCACUUGUUAGUCCAGUUAGAAGCAUUGUGUCCGAAGAUGAGGGUCCUCCUUUUUCAAACAAUGAAAUCGAUAACGGGGGUGAAUUCUUGAUGGAAUGGGCUAUGGACCGUAAGAAUGAUUUACUACAAAUAGUGUGCAGAUAUCAUGCGCUAGCUAUUCCACCUCGAGGAAGUGAAUUUGUCUUCCACCCUCUUGAACAUUUACAAGCUAUUCAAUAUAUACGGCAUUCAGUUGUUUCUCUUGGCUUCGAAGAAAAUUGUUUAGAUUGUUCUGAACCAGCUGAGGUCAAUGCAAAAAUGGCAGCUGCUGAGGAAGCCCUUUCAUUAUCAGUAUGGACAAUGUCAACUGCUUGUCGAGUUCUAUCCCUUGAUAGUUUGCUGGCAUUAGUUACGGGAGUGUUACUGGAAAAACAGGUUGUAAUAGUGUGCCCAAAUUUGGGUGUUCUAUCUGCAGUAGUGCUUUCUCUUAUACCCAUGAUUCGUCCAUUUCAGUGGCAGAGUUUACUGCUCCCGGUUUUGCCAGCAAAAAUGAUUGAUUUUCUUGACGCCCCAGUUCCAUAUAUUGUUGGCAUACAACAUAAACCAGAUGAUUUGUAUAUUAAAACUUGUAAUCUUGUUGAAGUUGAUGUAAUGCAAAAUCAGGUUAAAAUGUGUCAUUUGCCUAGACUUCCACGGCAAAGAGAUCUUGUUUCUCAGUUGAAUCCAAUUCAUGCCAGACUUUCGAGGGAAAGUUCAAUUGCAAAAAAGCAUCCUAUACAUAGGUGCAAUGAAAUCCAGGCUGAAAUUGCAACGAAGUUUUUGAAUAUCGUGUGGCACUAUUUGGAGUCACUUUGUUCGAAUUUGAAAUCACAUACGAUAACUAGUGUGCAAUCAAAUAACGACAGGGUUUCUUUACUUCUUAAAGAUACCUUCAUUGACUCCUUUCCUCUUAGGGACCAGCCAUUCAUUAAGCUUUUUGUAGAUACACAGCUAUUCACUGUUUUAUCAGACUCUUAUCUAUCGAGCUUUGAGAGCGGUAAAUCGUAG